GUCAUCGCCCAGAACAAGAACAAGAACGGCGAUGCAGGACCGUAAGGAACAACCGGCGGCUGUAACCUCUAAGGACGAUCCCAAACCACAAAAGAGGGACGAUCACGGUUUGACGACGUCUCCGAGACUUCGGGCAAACAAAGUUCAUGGCGAGCAGGCGACGCAGCCGCAUACCGCGGCGGCACAGGGCCUUGUCGACGCGUCCCGUCCCAGCGGAGGUACGACGACGCGCGGGAGCGAUGCGGUAGUCGUCGAGGAACGGUUCCCGACCACGGCGUCGGCCCUGUUCGCGCCGCUGCUCGAGGGGGCCCAGAGCCGGGUGUACACGACCGCGGUGUGCGCCGUGCUCUACCACGCGUACCUGCUGUUCGCCCUCGUCCGCCACUGGAACGCCGACGGGGGUCCCGACUUUUGCCGCCUCGUGUGGAUCCUGGCGCUCGUCACGUUCGUCGUGCACGCCUUCUUGGCGGGGCGCGCUCUGGCGCGACGCUUCGCGCCCACGAUGUGGGCCACCACAGCGGACGCGCUGCGCUACGACAAAAGGAUGCCCGCCGUACGGGUGUGCGUUCUAGUGGUCGGCCUGUGCUUGCUAGUGUACGACGCGCGUGAUCACCUGUCCCGGCUGGCGUCCUUGUGUGGCAUCGCGGUGCUGCUCGCCAUCAACUACCUCCUCUCGCGCAACAGGUCGAAUGUUCAGUGGAUGGUGGUGGCACGUGCCCUAACCCUUCAGUACGCCGCGGGUGCGCUGAUGCUGCGCUGGCAGGCGGGACGCACCGUGGUCGUGUGCUUGUCCCAGCACAUCGCGCACUUCUUCGACCACGCGCAAGAAGGGAGUCGUUUCCUCUUCGGGCACCUGGCCGACGGCUCCAGCAUUUCCUUCCCUAGUGGAGCCCGCGUGACAAUGCUGCCGGAAGGGCGAAACAGCUCCAUGACCUUUUUGCCCAUACUGGCCUUCAGCGCUAUGCCGGUGAUCUUCUACGUCGGCUUCUGCGUGAACAUGCUCUACUACUGGGGCAUCAUGCAAUCCGUCGUCGCUAGUCUCGGAGGCUUCCUCAACCAUGUAGUUGGCUCCACCGCCUACGAGUCCACGUGCGCUGCCGGCAACAUGCUGUUCGGAUUGGAGCAGUCUGCACUGAUGCUGCACCCGUACCUUCAGCACGUGACCAAAGCCGAGCUGCACUGCUUCAUGACGUCAGGCUUCGCCAGCAUGUCUGCAGUCAUGAUGGGAUCGUACAUCGCCCUCGGCGUGGAGACUCAACACUUGGUCACGGCAGCGGUGCUGGCCGCUCCAUCGUCCCUGCUCUGCUCCAAGCUGCUCUUCCCCGAGACUGAGGAGCUGCGCAUCGUCACAGUGCGGCUAUACAAACACAGCAGCACCGACAGCAGCGCGCUGGAGGCGGGCGCCAAAGGAGCCAUGGCGUGCCUGGCCCUGGUCGGAGGCAUCAUGGCCAACAUCAUCGCCUUCACGGCGUUCAUACACUUCCUGAACGGCGUGUGCGAGUGGACAGCCGAUGUCCUGAUGUUCAAGGGCGUCACUUUUGAGAGCAUGCUGGGCCGAGCGUUCACUCCUCUGGCGCUGAGCAUGGGCGUCCCGUGGGAGGACUGUGCAGCCGUGGGUGAGGUGAUCGGCGUCAAGGUCGUGGCGAACGAGUUCAUCGCUUACCAUUCGCUGCUCGCAAAGUCGCUGGAUGCCCGCUCGGUGAUGCUGGCUACGUACGCGCUGUCGGGCUUCGGCAACCUCUGCUCGGUGGGCGUAAUGCUGGGCAGCCUGGCUGCCCUGUGCCCCACAAGACUGGCCGAGGCCUCGAGCAUCGCCUUCCGCACGCUGUGGGCUGGCUGCUCGGCGAGCAUCCUCAGCGCCUGCGUCGCCGGUAGCCUGACCAAUAUGUAAUGCAAGGAAACGGAUCACCUUUCUUGGAGCUUUUUUGAGCAAGAUGUUCCAUCCUUACAUUGUGGAAAGGAGACGAGUAAACCCGCGUUUGCAUCCUGAACCAUUAUCA